CGACGAAGAAGAAAACGUCACCAGGAGGCAGGAAGUAGAGCUGCUGCAGCUAAAGGCCUCCAGCAUGGCAGGCAGACGGGCCCUGAAGGCUGUGCUCAUCGACCUGAGUGGAACUCUACAUAUAGAGGACACGGCGGUACCUGGAGCCCAGGAAGCCCUCAGCAGGUUGCGUCAGGCGUCUGUAGCUGUGAAGUUUGUGACCAACACCACCAAGGAGAGCAGGAGGAACUUACUGGAGCGACUGCAGCGCCUCAACUUCGACCUGCAGGAGAAGGAGAUCUUCACCUCUCUGAGUGCAGCGAGGAGCCUGUUGGAGCAGAAGCAGCACCGACCGCUGCUGCUGGUGGAGGACGGCGCGCUGGAAGACUUCACUGGUAUCGACACGUCAGAGCCGAACGCCGUCGUGGUCGGACUCGCUCCUGAUCACUUCAACUACCAAACACUCAACACAGCUUUCAGGAUGAUUCUGGACGGAGCUCCUCUCAUCGCCAUCCAUAAGGCUCGCUACUACAAGCGUAAGGACGGCUUGGCCCUCGGUCCCGGGCCCUUUGUGACAGGCCUGGAGUACGCCACCGACCGUAAAGCUACCGUAGUGGGAAAACCUGAAGAGACGUUUUUUGCUCAGGCUCUGUCUGAUCUGGGAUGUAGCCCCAGUGAGGCCGUCAUGAUCGGAGAUGAUGCCAGGGAUGAUGUAGGCGGGGCUCAGAGUGCAGGGAUGCUGGGUAUUCUGGUUCGAACUGGUAAAUACAGAGACGGAGAUGAAGGUAAAAUCGACCCACCUCCACACCUCACAUGUGACAGUUUCCCAGAUGCUGUUGAACACAUCCUGCAGAACCUGCUGUGAGCUCCACAUAAGGACAAACCACCAGAGUCUCAUUAGCUCAUAGAAUAUUUCAUUUAAAGACAAGUUGUGUUUUAACAACAGAGAGAAUGACGUUACUAAAUGACUGCGCCGUCCAGACGUUUUGAAUGAGAGGAAAUAAUUCUGCUGUCGUAGAUUCACCGACUCCCAGAUUCACGGAGAUAACUUUGUGCAAGGGAUCAAUCUGCUCAGAAUAAACAGUAUUUAAUGUGCUAGUCGUCUGUGUUUCCACCAUAACAAGAUCUUUGUUAUAUUAGGGUGCACAAAAUUAUACAUAAAUAAAAGAAAUGAUGGC